AUGUUGGGAUGCAGAGUGUCACGUUUCUGUAUAAUCCUCACCAUCAGCUCAGUGUGGCUCGUUAGCUGCGUUUCGGCUCGAAGACAUCAUCGUCAUCCGGAACCUCUAAAGUACAGUUAUGGGAUUUAUGCUCCCACUAGCUGGACCGUUGCGUUAUACAUCUGGUACAUCGUUAAGCUGGGGUUUAUUUUGGGGGCCUUACUUCUGCUGCUGUUUGCCAAAAAAUGGAAUAGUCGAGGUCAGCCGGUCGUGAUCGAAAGUGGACCUGAGUUUUACCAUCACCGUUCACUGGAUGCACCGGAGCAUAAUCUGUUCAAGGCGAGCAACAUAGAAGACGUAAAGCUCUUUUGGAGUGAUCGCAUAGAAGCCGUUGUAAAUAAAUUUAACCAGUAA